AUGUCACCAACUUCUUUGAGCGACGAGCACAUUGGCCGUGAUCAUAGCCAAUAUGAGGAACUUCGAACGAGGUAUUUCAACGCUCGCGUACCGGCAGCUAUGCCAGCUGCAAUAUCCUGUCCGUCAACGACUGCAGAUGUCAUCAAAGCAGUGAAACAGGCGGCUGCUCUCGGGCAACCCAUCGGUGUCCGCGCAGGUGGCCACUUGUUCCCAUGCUGCUCCCUUCUGGAAGGCGGUCUGCUUAUCGAUGUCAAGCAUCUGAACUCCUCGAUCGAUUAUGAUACAAAUACGAAAAUCAUCUCUUUUGGUCCCGGCCGUAUCUCCAAGGAGCUCGCGGAGGCGUGCACUGAGUUAAAUCGGUUCUUCCCCUUUGGACACUCGCCGACCGUCGCCGCCGGCGGCUUCUUGCUUUGUGGGGGACAAGGAUGGUUUUGUCGAGGCUGGGGCCUGACUUCUGACUCUUGGAUCCUCGGGAUGGAAAUUGUCACGGCGGAAGGGCAGGUCGUUAUUGCUAGCCGAGAAAAAAACACGGAUCUCUUCUGGGCUGCACGAGGAAGUGGCCAAGGGUUCUUUGGCAUUGUAACUAGAUUUUGGGCCCAAACGAUGCCCGCCCGUCAUUUGUACACUACGACAUUGAUCUUCAACGCUUCUAACAAGUGGAGAAAGAUCUGCACGUGGAUGCUGGACACCAACGACCGCACCCCGAGAUAUGGCGUUGAGACAGCCGCCGCAACUGUCUAUGCCAACAAGAAUUCGCUCCCUCUUGGCGACGAAAUCACCGACAAAACACUGCUUAUGGCCAUCGAGGUGAUAGCGUACGCUGAUUCGGAAGGAGAAGCAAGAACUAUGCUCAGCGAGUAUAACAAGAUUCCGGAGGAUCUGAAGAAAUUACUCGUAGUAAAAACAGAUCUCCAGCAUAAGACCUGGAAACGACUCUUUGAUGACCAAGAUGCUCUGAACCCUUGCGGCCAGGGCGAGCGCUGGCAAUGUGAUAGCAUCCUCAGCAACCCGAAGGUCUCUCGAGAAGAGCUGGUUCGGACCAUGGAGGGGCCCAUGUGCGACUUGCCGUCACGGCGGUCAUUGGGUUGUAUAUACAUCGCCGAGUGCUAUCCCGAUGCUGCCGAUAUGGCCGGAAGCCUACCGCAGCAGUACUACAUGUCGACGAUGACUUGCUGGACCGAUCCAACGGACGACACACGCAUGAGGGAGUGGAUGUAUGAUCAAUACUCCAAAGCCUCUGCUGUUGGCGUUGGCCAAUAUAUUGCAGACUACGACGUAACUCAUCGGAAAGAAAAGGUGAUGAGCGAGGCAAACCUUCAGAAAUGGCUGAAGGUUCGAGCGCAAUGGGAUCCAGAGGAGAGGUUCCCAGCAUACAAGAACUUUGCCUUUACCGGCAUAGAGUCCAAGUUCUAG